CGAAUCCGAGCACUGCCUUCAAUUAUUAGCUGAAAAUCGAAAUUUCACAAUAGCGCACCGUAAAAUCUAAAAGUUUUUUUUUUUGUUUUUAAAGCCAUAACUUAAAACAACAUUGUGCUAUAUGAGGCGCCCGGUUUUAGCUCCAUGCAAUAACUCAAUAGUGGCUUCAAAAUUGACAAGUGUUACAGUAGCAUAAAAUAACGGUGUGUGCUUGUCGUUAUUUAACCUAAAGAAAACCUACUUAGCCCCACCUCCCGCCUCCAUAGACAAAACCAAAGAGCGAAAUGGCUUUCCGGCUCCUUAGCUCGGCGACGGCAAUAAAAAGCCUGAUGAAACGCAGCUACACCCAGUCACCGCUAACGACAAAGUUACAGCAUAGGGGCGCCUCAUUUGAGUUGACUCCACUUGUGCGAUACAUUGUGGAGCAGCUUCAACUGUUGUGCAAAAAGCCACCCAAGGGCUUCGAAAAGUAUUUCGAAGCCGGUGGUAAAUCGGGAAAGCCAAAAACAACCGCCGAGGGGGAUAAAAAGACAAGCAGCAAGCAACCGAGUAGCAGCAGCAACAGUAGCGGCAGCAGCAGUAAAUCAAAACCGCCCACUAUGAAAUCCAGCACUUCCAGCGAUCCAAAAUCGGAUUGGAAUUUUGGCAUGUUCAGUAACAGCUCACGUGGCCCGGCUGCGCGUGGACCGGGUACACCGAGCGGUCGUCCUCUUGGUGAAGGCGGCGGUGGCGAACGCGAACGUUGGAUACUGUUUGGCGCCAUUGGCGCGGUUGUAUUGAUUGCUUCGUUUGCGUUCUUUGAAAUGGGCUACAAAGAGAUCUCCUGGAAGGAGUUUGUCAACAGCUACCUUUCCAAGGGCGCCGUCGAAAAACUGGAAGUGGUUAACAAAAAGUGGGUGCGCGUGCGUCUGCAGCCCAGCCAGAGCAGCAGUGGUGUGUUAUGGUUUAACAUUGGGAGCGUUGACUCGUUUGAGCGAAAUUUAGAGACAGCACAGACAGAACAAGGUGUGGAGUCCAUCAACUUUGUGCCUGUCAUCUAUCGCAACGAAGUGGAAGCAUCCAGUUUAACUGGUCUACUACCAACGCUCCUAAUCAUCGGCUUCCUUGUCUAUAUGAUGCGCAAGUCGGCUGAUAUGAUGGGCGCUGGACGUGGACGCAAGGGCGGCGGUCUAUUUGGCGGUGUUAUGCAAUCGACAGCGAAGCUAAUCAAUCCCACAGAGAUUGGAGUCGGCUUCAAAGAUGUGGCUGGCUGUGAGGAGGCAAAAAUUGAAAUUAUGGAAUUUGUUAAUUUCUUAAAGAAUCCGCAACAGUAUAUCGAUCUGGGCGCUAAGAUACCGAAGGGUGCCAUGUUAACCGGUCCACCUGGUACGGGUAAAACUCUCCUAGCCAAGGCAACAGCUGGCGAGGCGAAUGUACCAUUUAUCACCGUCUCUGGCUCGGAGUUUCUAGAGAUGUUUGUCGGCGUGGGUCCGUCCCGAGUCCGAGAUAUGUUUGCCAUGGCUCGUAAACAUGCACCCUGCAUUUUGUUCAUUGACGAAAUCGACGCUGUGGGCCGCAAACGCGGUGGCAAGACCUUUGGCGGACAUUCGGAGCAGGAGAAUACAUUGAAUCAGCUGCUGGUCGAAAUGGAUGGCUUUAACACGACAACCAAUGUCGUAGUUCUGGCAGCCACUAAUCGCGUGGAUAUUCUGGAUAAGGCUUUAAUGCGACCGGGUCGCUUCGAUCGUCAGAUCUAUGUGCCGGCGCCCGAUAUCAAGGGGCGUGCCAGCAUAUUUAAAGUGCAUCUUGGCUCACUCAAGACAGAUCUGGACAAGAAUGGUCUGUCCCGUAAAAUGGCGGCGUUGACGCCCGGUUUUACUGGAGCGGAUAUAGCGAACGUUUGCAAUGAGGCGGCGUUGAUUGCGGCGCGCGAUUCAAAGGACUCCAUUGUGUUGAAGCAUUUCGAGCAGGCCAUCGAGCGUGUCAUCGCGGGUAUGGAGAAGAAGACGAACGUCUUGGCACCUGAGGAGAAACGGACGGUGGCUCACCAUGAGGCGGGGCAUGCGGUUGCUGGCUGGUUCCUCGAGCAUGCUGAUCCGUUGCUUAAGGUAUCGAUCAUACCACGCGGCAAGGGUCUUGGCUAUGCUCAGUAUUUGCCAAAGGAUCAUUAUUUACUGUCCAAGGAGCAGCUCUUUGAUCGCAUGUGCAUGACCCUGGGAGGUCGCGUAGCUGAGGAAUUGUUCUUUAAUCGCAUCACAACGGGUGCGCAGGAUGAUCUAAAGAAGAUCACAGACAUUGCCUACUCGCAGGUGGUGCGAUUUGGCAUGAACGAAAAGGUCGGCCAGGUUAGCUUUGAUGUGGGUCAAGCAGGUGACCCGGUGUUUAGUAAACCUUACUCCGAGGAUACGGCCAUGAUGAUCGAUGGCGAGGUGAGAGACAUUAUUAAAUGUGCGCACACAACAACAACCGAACUGCUGGUCAAGCACAAGGAGGAUGUUCGUCGUGUGGCCGAGCGUUUGCUGCAGAACGAAGUGCUCAGUCGUGACGAUAUGAUCGAGCUGCUGGGACCGCGUCCAUUUAAGGACAAGUCCACGUAUGAAGAGUUUGUUGAGGGCACCGGCUCCUUUGAGGAGGAUACCACGCUGCCCGAGGGUCUGAAGAGCUGGAAUAAGGAAAAAGAGGAGCCCGCCAGUACAGACACAACGGACUCAACACCACCAACGAAGCCGGCGACUGCUUCCAGCUAGACGUAGCUAAAUCUGCAUCGUCGUCGCCGUCGUCGUCUCUAUAUUUUAGUGGCUGUUGUUAUCAUUGUUGUAGUCUAAGCAGAUCAUUUAAGAAAUGUGGACUUCGACUUGAAUAGCUGAAAUUCACGACGUGCUUUAAAAAUAAUUCAAACGAAAUCUUUUGCUUUCCUAAUACCCUAAAAAACAAAAGAAAUUCCUACAAUUUCAUUUUACAGCGUUUUUCCUAGAAGUUUCAAACAGUUUUUGAUUGAUUGGUAUUUUGUAUAAUGAACAGAAAUAUUUCAAACAGAUUCUGGGUGUAAGCUAAUGGUCCCAAAUUAACCGUAUGCUAACAAAAAGAAAAACGAAAAAAAAACUUAUAUAAUGCAAUAAAAUCUUCACAAAUUUUCGAAAAAUUAACAACAAUACAAAAUUAAAAAAAAAGCCAGUGAAUCUAUGGAGUACGAGGGAUUAUGAAGAGCAAAACAUGUACAAUUUCAA